AGAGAGAUAAAGAGGAAAAAGUAAAUAAAAAAGUAAAAGUAAAAGGGGGGGGAGAGCACGUUGCAGAGACCAGCCUCGUUCUGAGAGCGAGUGAGAGAGAGACAGAAAUGGAAAUGGCGACCAUAACACGCAGCAACAUCAAGAUUGCUCCCAUGGCCAUUGUGUGUAAAGAAUGCGAUUUGAUUGGAGACAUAUCAAUAGGUGCCCGCACCAUCAUCCACCCGAAGGCCAGGAUUGUGGCUGAAGCCGGCCCCAUCAUCAUUGGCGAGAGUAACCUGAUUGAAGAAGGUGUACAGAUCAUUAACAAAUUACCUGAAGAUGGCUCCCCCACAGAUGAAACUCCAGUGAUGGUCAUUGGGAAUCACAAUGUCUUCGAGGUGGCUUCUUAUGUAGAAUCUCUGAAAAUCGGUAAUUUCAAUGUUGUUGAAGUAAAAGCUAGCGUUGGCCGGGACACUGAAUUAAGCUCUGGCUGUAUCGUUGGGGCCAAAUGUUGUCUGAGCACCGAUGAGUGUCUACAGGAGAACACGGUGAUUUAUGGCAAAGAAUGCAGGCGUCGUGUGCAGCAGGAACAUCCUUUCGCACAGACUCUGCAGCUGGAUUUCCUUUCCAAACUUCUGCCAAGUUUCCAUCACAUCAGAAAACCAACCAAAGUUGCAAACUAAUUAUUCCUCCACUCACCUCCACCACACACACAUGGAGGGGUGUGUGUGUGUGUGGUGGUGGGAUGUCCUCUUAAAUUAUGGUAACAGCCUCCACUUUUCGAAUCCGGGUCUCUAUUUAUUGUCUUCAAAUGGCAGAAGCUGAUUUCUUCCGGAGAUUAAACACACCCCAGGACAUUUGAGGGUGGGUGAAGGGGAAUGGAACGACAG